CCUCCACCCCCCCCACCCUCAGGCACUCCACUCGGCUUGACCAGAACAUAUAGGUCGGGCACGGACGGAGAGCAGAGAAAGAGAAAGAUAGAGAAAGAGAGAGUAGCAAGGCAAGAGACGAAUGAACCGGGUCUCAACGUCAACGCAACGGGCGACGCCCAUGGUACCGGCCAUGACUGCGGCGGUGGCGGCGGCGGUGGCGGUGGCGGCGGCGGCUGGUGACGAUUCCACGGCAGCGACAGAGUGGCGGGCGGUGGCGAGAGAGGUUGGCGGGUAUGCACAAGUCCAGACGUACAAGGAGAGUAUCAAGUGGGCCAAGAAGGUGGCAAGCCUUCUUCGCAAGGCUGCGGCUGCCGGGGAUGCUCCUGAUGGCUGGCCGCAGAUGCUCUGUGCGGCGCUUGCGUCGGCGCAGAUGCUGGCCACCUCGUCGACGACCCACGUCGCGGUGUGGCGCGGCAUGCUGGCGGUGUUCCCGAGCGACAUGGUGGUUGAUGCAGUGGCUGCAGCGGCGCUGCCCAUGCUGGCUGAUCCGGCACCCAGUGCAGAGAUUGCGCCGUCGCCCGGCGCGGCGUCGUGGGCCGUCUCCACCAUGAUGCGCUCGCUCGCUCCGCUACCGAAGUGGGAGGCUGAGUUUGGAGAGCUGAUGACCAGGCUGAGCGGCAAGGGAUCAGGAAGCCUGGGCGUUGUUGCUGCCCGUGGUCGCGCGGCGCUGGAGGCGGCCUUGGCCGCAGGAAGCGGAGGCGAUGCAGUUGCCGCGGCCGAUGCGACGAACGAUGUCCUGGCCGCACUCGGGCUGGCCGACACUCUGCGGAGUGCCGGAUGUGAGGAGGAAGAAGAGAAGGACAUCACGCGGCUUGCACUCGAUGUUCUAGCGGCAAGCGACAACUGCCCGGUCCACGCGCUCUUGGUUGCAGGCAAGCUCUGUCUCACCUCGGUGCUUGCCGAGAUCGACGUCUGCGAUGCACAGGCCACGGUGUUGGCCCUGCUGGGCACGUUCUGGCCGUCGGCGGAGAACGAGACGCCUGUGUCGAUCCUCCCAGCCGUGGCGCCCGGCGCUGCGCUCUCGGAAAAACCGUUCAGCGUGUGGCCGAUCCCGGCGCGCGUUGCGAUGGUCCGGGUGCUCACAACCGACGUUGCACCCGGCGUGCUUGGCGCCGAGCUUGAUGACGGGGCGACAAAGACGAAUCUGGCCUUUGGCUACCUGCUCCCCGAAGUUCUAGCUGCUCUAGACGCCGCAUACCGCGAGUCGAUGCAAGCGACGACGGUGGCAGCGCUGGGCGGUCUUCUUGCGGUGGUGAGCCUCGGGCGCGAGGCGCGCGAGACGCUUGGCGGACUCAACGUGGCAGCGGUGCGCCAGGUGGUGGAGACUGUGUUUGGUUUAUGGUCGUCGGUGGUGCCGGGCGUGUACGGACAGGCGCGCGAGACGCUGACGACUGUGCUCGAAGUGGCGGCCAUCAAGGCGACGGCCAUGCCCGAGUGGGCAUGCGAGCACGAGAGCCUUAUGGACGAGCUCCUUGCUGUAACGAGUGCGCUGCCGUGGAUUGGACGUGGCAAGCCCGAGGCGCUGAGUGCGGUGGUGCCGCAUGUCGGCAUCGACGCAGUGCUUGCGGCCGAGCCCGAGGCGAUGAAGCGGCUGUUUGCGCUGGCGUGCGAGGCCAAUGCGCCGUGCGGACCAUCGAACGCGUUUGUGGCGCUGGCCAAGGCGCGUGGAACGAGCGAGGGAUGCGAGGCGGCGUGGAUGCUCCCGCUUGUGGAAGGGCUGGCCACGACGCCUGCGGCCCGGCGCGACAAUGUCAUCAUGCGCAUCGUCCGCCCGCUUGUUAACAAGCAACCGCAGGUCCUCGCCCGCAUGCUGGCGCUCGCCCAACAGCACGACCGGUACGCCGAAGAUUGGGCGGCGGCCGAGGUUGUGCUCAUGUUGGCGUCUGUCGGCCGCAAGCUCAACAUGUUCUCGGUGGCCGAGCUCAUCGAGCUGGGGCAUUUUCCGCGCGAGCUUCUCUUUGACUUUCUCACCCAUGCCGACUCGAGCCAGAUCGUGGAGGCACUCUCGCUGGUGUGUGCAACGAGCAAAGUGACGGCGGAGCCGAGCGCGUUUGAGUACGAGGCUGUGCUUGCGACGCUCCCGGCUGUGGUCAAUACACCCGGCGCCAAGUUUGUGGCCGACUACUCGGCAGCGCUGGCUAUUUUCGUCAAGCGGAGUCUAAGCUCUCUACUGAGCGCGACGCGCGAGCUGGCGUCGCUGCUGGCGUUUGCUGGCUCAGCGGAGGCCCCGCCGGGCGUCGGUGUCGAGCAGGCGAGCGCGCUGGUAGCGCGGGCCCAGGCGGCGAUUAGCUUUCUUUGCGGUCUCCUGAAGAUGGUGCAGAGCUGCUUCUUCCCGGGCUCAUCGCACCACCGCCGCGGACUGGCAAUCAACAUUGUCCACGCCCUUCUCGGGCAGUGGUUCACGCGGGACAAGGGUUCGCGGACUCGGGCAUUUGACCUGUUUGUUGCAUCGUCGGGCAAGCUUACCGACGCGGUGGCGAAUGGAGGCUCCGCAGCAGCGGUGGCGGUGGUCACAAACUCGGGACUGCUGACCGCGCUGGAGAGCCAGCCGCUGAGCCCGCAAGCAGUGGUCGACCUCGUGGGUGGACUUGACGACCAGUACGACCGUAACCGCGAGGACAUGGCAAGCGUGCUGGAGGCGAUCGAGCCCGAGCUGUUUGCGCAAAGGCGCGAGGUGUACGCACCGCUCUUUACAAAGCUGUAUGCUGACGGGUGGCGACGGGUCCUCCUCGCUUCACACCGUGAGACGUCGGCUGGGGCACUCACCCUCGGCUUUGUGCUCCGCAUUGGAGCGGCGGCGCUGGGGUGGAACGUCCACGCCAAUGGCGAGUCGAGCCAGCCGGCCGCGGCGGUCUUUGGCUUUGUGGAGGCGAGCGUGCUCGUGCUAGAGGAGCAUCUCACCCGUGUGGAGGCAAGCUCAUGGGAGGCGACGCUUGGUGGCGCGGCACUGCAGGGCCCGCUCUGCGUGCUCUCUGAGAUCAUUCGGGUUCUCAGUUCUGGUCCUGGCCGCGGAGGAGGGAGCAGCGCCAGCUUCAUGGCCCAGAUCGGCCGCGAUGACAACUUGCGCGCGAGAUGGAUUCCGCUGCUGGGACGGGUGCAAGAUGCAGCAUCGACGCUUGUCCGGUUGGUCAUGCCGAUUGUGGCGACCAACGCGCCCGAGGGGACUGGAAUUGACAUGGGCGCAGCCGUGGCGGAUGCUGCAUUGGAGACUCACGAGGUGGAGGUGGCGACGGUGGCGUCGCAGACAACGCAGCACGUGAUGGUCAUGGUGUGGCGGGCGAUGAAGGCGGCGACGGGGUUGCUCGGACAGAUCGGCGCGGUUGGCGCGGUCCACAGCGUGGUGCCGGGCGAGCGGGUUGCGGCACUUGGCGAGCUCUUUCAAGAAGUGCUUGUGCGUGUGCGGCACCGUGGUGCGACGGAGUUUGCGAUGGAAGGCCUGGAGGUCAUGGCGCACGCGCUUCUCUCGAACAAGUGCAUUGCCAGCCUCCGUAGCCUGCCAAGCGAGUGGCUGGAGCGAGCACUGGAGGUCGUGGCAUCACCUGCGACGGGGGCGUCGGUGACGCGGCGGUCGGCCGGUCUACCGUUCCUCUUCUUGGCGCUGCUGCGAUCGGAGAAUGGACGGAAGCGGCCACUGCUGUGCCGGGCGUUCGAAGGCCUGCUGGACGUGGUCGAGGCGCCGCUGCCUCUCCACAAGCAAAGUGCAGACGCGGCGUUUGACGACGCGGGUGUACAGCCGCAGGUCCAUGCAUGGAACACGCUGCGGGCGCUUUUCCGCGAGUCGCAGUUUGGAAUGGUUGCGGCUCGCUACCUCACGCGGGCUCUGCAGAACGUGAUCGAGGGCUUCUCGUCGCCACGAUGGGCCAUUCGCAACGUGUGCACACUCACGUUUUCUGCGCUGCUCGCGCGGUCUGUCGGCGCGAACAAGUGCCGUGAUCAGACCGCGCGGGCCAACGCGAUCGACGCGGGCGAGUUCUUUGCCCGGCACCCGCGGCUGGACGCCUACCUGCUGGAGCAGGUCGAGUCUGGCACGACUGCUCUGGAGAGCGGCGGCGGAAUUGUCCUUGACCCACGGCUGUAUCCGGCGCUUGUGCUGCUCUCGCACCUGUUGCCGCCGCUGAUGGAGCGUGCCGCGGCGAGCUCGAUGGCGGCGUUCCGGCCGUUGCUUCAGCGGUGUGCGCGACUGCCCAUCUACUCGGCGCGGGCGAUGGCGGCGCGGGCCCUAGUCUCGACGGUGUCGACUGCCGAAGCGGCGGGUGUGGUGGCGCAGCUCUGGAGCGAAGCCGCGACGGCAACGUCGGGCAACACGCUCCAUGGGCUUGUCCUCCAGAUCCGAAGCGUGGCCGAGUUUGUGGCGAGCGGGCCGAGCGCAGCCGAGGCGAGCGCAGCGUUUGAAGCUGGCUUUGCGCAGUUCGGCCUGGCGCUGGCCAAGAUGUCCGCGGUCGCACCGCUGGUCCGGGCAGAGGUGUUCCGGGCAGGUGAGGCACUGCUCGAUCGAUCGAGCGCGAGCUGGUGCCAGCUGGUGGAAGCCGGGACGGUGGAGCUGGAGGCCUGCGUGAGCGUGGCCACACGGAGUGUGCCUGGAUGGGCCACGACAAUGGCUGCAGUGUCGCGAGUGGUCGCGCUCGGCACCGCGACGAGCGCCAAGGCCUGGUCGACGAUCUUGGUGGGUCACGCGUGCUACGAGGUCCAGGGCGCGGCGUUGGACGUGCUACUGGAGGCUGGCAAGCACGGCAUGCUUGAGAAGGCGAGCGUGGCAAACGCGCUCCUUGCUGCGGUCGGGCGCGAUGGGGCAUACCACGAGGUGCAGGCCAAGGCGCUGGAGGCUCUGAGCCGGGUUCCAGCCUCCGUGCUUGGCAGCAUGCCGGACGCACUGGCGGUUGUGACCAGCGUGGCGGAGGACUCGCUCUUUACAGCUGUGCGGUCACAGUCAUUUGUAGCGCUGUCGGCCGUGAUUCGGGCGCGGGCCGAGGCCGGGCCGAGCGGAGUGGAGAGCGAGUCAUGGGCGACAUUUGUUCAACUCGGGCUGGAGCUCUCGUCACCCGACGCGGUCCCAGAGCAGCGGCUUGCUGUUUUGGUUGCCAUCGAGGCGCUUGGCGAGCACGGGCGACCCUUGAUUGCGGGCGCGCUCGGCAAAAGUGGCGGAUGGGAGAUUGCACUCACACUUGUGCACGAUGACGCCGAUGAGGUCCGGCCGCGUGCCGCCAGCGCUGUGUCGCAGCUUGUGUCACCAGGCGGAGCACCGACAAACCCACAGGUGGCUGCGAAGCGGUUCCUGGCGCAGGUUGCAGCAACGGCUGCAGAGAGCGGCGGCGAGGUGCUUGCGGCGUGGGCGGCUCUGGCGCGGAAGCUGAUUGCGGCACCGGGCGAGGCUGUUUCCGACAGUCUCGGCGAGACGGUGUUUGUGGACGAGUCGGCAAACGAGUUCCGCGAGGCAUGGACGGUUGCGGUGUCGACAGCUGAAGCGGUGCGUGCGAGUGGAACAAGCGCGGCGGUGUCGAGCGGGCUGCCUGGGCUGGACGCGAUGCGCGGCAGCGGUGCUCUCAUGGAUGCUCCAGGGCGAAGUGGUGGCAAUGACCGCUAG